CAAUUAAGUUGUCAACCGAUUAAAGCAGAAAAUCGUUGACAAAUAUUUUCCUAAACAUGGACAAAAAAACCGAAUUACAAGGUGACCGAACGCGACUUGGACAUCCGGUCGGAUCUUGAGUUUGUGGACAGCCUGGUAAAGGAUCUUCGCUUGGAGGUGGAGCCGCAAGCUCGUGGUGUUAUUCUAGAUCUGGCUUACACUUUGGCCAGGGACAAACUGGUUGAGGCGCAACGCUUCGCCAAGCUGGCCAAUCGCUCCAACGUUAGUGUCGAGGAUCUGGAGAUGGCGGACCUGGAGCGCACCGACGAGCUGAUGAGGCGUCCCCGCCAGCAGUCGCUGAAGAACCUGCUUCCCGCCCAGGCAUCCCUGCCCUCGCCCAGUCUGACCCGGGGCCUAAUGCUGCCCACCUUGCGCCACUGUCAAGUGGGCAUGACCGCCGAGCUGAAGGGCAAGGGCACUGAGCCCCAACCACAACCCCAACCGCAAGCCCAGCCCCAACCACAAGCCCAGCCCCAACCACAAGCCCAGCCCCAACCACAAGCCCAAGUCCAACCACAAGCCCAAACCCGACCGAACCCGUGGAUUGGACUGGCCCCUAAUCCUGUGGCACCUGCUGCCGCAGUCUUGGUCAUGGCACCUGCGGGUCGUACCGCUGCACGUUCCCAAUCUCGUCCGAGUCGUCCUAUUUCGACUCUUCCGGUCAUAAGUUCCACCUCGGCCGUAGUGGCCUCUACUCCUGGUGCUCGACCCAGUGGCAAUCCGGCAGGCGUGGCUUUCUCAACUCCGAUGGCAGCCAGUAGAAGACCCCCGACGCCAUUUAAGCCAAGUUCUUCGGCGAUUAACGCCCCUGGACCUUCAGGAGCAAAUCCACCGAACAAAAAACCACGCAUGCUAAAUUAAAAUCGAAAUAAAGGAGGACGCAGAACACAU